AAUAAACCAUGGCCAAACCUUGUUGUAGAAGUAGCAUUUUUGGAGUCUGUUGGUCAUGUCAAGGAAAAGGCACGUAAUUACUGGUUACAUAACAAUUGUGCCCAUGAUGUAAUUGUUGUUAAGAUUGAUUAUGUCCCCGAAGAUCAAAUUCCUCAGCGUAUGAGAGUAUGGCAUUAUUGUGUAUCAGGUACAUAUGUGCAACAAAAACUUAAACCUAUAAACAAGUUUGAAUUUGGUACACACGAUGCAAAUGGGAAUCCAUUAAAUUACCUACAAGGCACACGUGUGAUCAAAAUUCCAUUAGAUUGUUUAUAUUACAAUGUAAAACCGCCUAUUCAAAUUCCUACAAGUAUUUUACCAGAUCCUAUCUUACUUGAUUUCUUUUCUGUUAGGCGAGCAAUCCUCAGAUCAUUUGAUUCUCAUUAA